ACUACAGCAAUGGAGGGGUUGAACACUUGAACAAAGAACAUGGAGGGAGGAGCUAAACAGAUCGGGCAAGAUUAACCUUUGGGCCAUGCGUACCCGUUUUUCUUACUAGCUUACUCAUAUGCUCUGUUUCUAACUCAACGAACUUAAACUGUUCAAUGAAACUCCCCAUGAGUUUCUCUACUCUUUCCUCCUUUUCAAGCUACCAUUACUAAAGUUUUGAUGACAACACUGUGAACCUCAAUGCCCAAUGUAAAAAUUCAAUUGCGGAUUUGAAGUAAUAGUCAUAAUGGAUAAUGCCACAUUUCGCAGUUUCCUUCAGGUUCUUCCCCCUGUUGAAUUUGCAUGCGUCUAUGGAUCAUCUCUUCAUCCAUCCAACCACGACAAGACAAUCAUGACAGAUUAUAUUCUUGGCGUAUCUGAUCCAAAACAGUGGCAUUCUGAGAAUCUGAAAUUGAACAAGCAUCACUAUGCGUCAUGGAUGGUGCACCUUGGUGGCGAGAGCCUGAUUACUGGAGUUGCUGAUAGAAUUGGUGUGGGAGUGCAUUUCAACCCUUUUGUUACUUGGAAUGGAAAGCUGUUCAAGUAUGGGGUUGUUCGAAUGCAUGACUUACUUCAAGACGUACAGUAUUGGGAGAAAUUCUACUUGUGUGGCCGGUUACAGAAACCAGUUCAUAUUGUUGUCGAUAAUUUAGAUGUCAGCAGCACCAAUUCUGUUAACUUGAGAGCUGCAGUGUCAGCUGCUCUUCUCCUGCUUCCAUCAGAAUUCACAGAGGCAGAUCUAUAUGCCAAAGUAUGUAGUCUUUCAUACACAGGUGAUAUACGCAUGUUAUUUGCUGAGGAUAAAAGCAAGGUGAAAAAGAUUGUUACUGGGCAGUUUGAUCUAUUCCACUUAAUGUAUAAGCCAUUUCUCGAAGAAUAUGAGGCUAAGAAGUUAUUGAGACUUUCAUCAACUGCCAAGAAUCAAAUACAUGUCUCUCAGGAUUGUGACUUAUCAGUUGCUUGUUCUCUAGUUUCUGCUCUUCCUUCAUCAAUCAGAAGCCAGAUCAGCAUGAAGGAAGAAAUAAGGGAAACUGGUAGAGUCAUACCUGAUACUAAAGUUAGCACAAGAGAAGCAGCUGCGAAUUGCUUGCAGAGAAUUCUGAGGCAAAGAGUAAUGGUUUCAAGUGCAAGGCAGGCCAUAUCAGGCUUUCUGGCUGUUGGUGGGGUAAAUGCUACCAGAUAUCUUGCUAAGAAAGUUAACAAAGCCUGGAAAUCAUGGAGCUGAUUUUUGCUGAAUUGACAAGCAUAAACAUGAGGUUUUCUUGCUGACAUAGCUAGUGACCAUUUUCUGUUUCAUUUCCUCCCUUUCUAUCUCCUUAAUACUUUCCACGUUUCGCAAUCAAAAGGGUUUAGUAACUGGAUUGGCUGGUGUUUUGGUUUGUCAAUACAUUUUGUAGUUAAAUUUAACCGUGCUUUGUCGGGCAAAGGGAAUAUAGUUUUUGGAACACCAAGUUUGAAUUCUGUAGACUCAUUUUUGUUUCUUCAUCUCCUUUUUUUAAAAAAAUUGAGUUCUUAUUUUCUUAAGAGGUUAAUUUCUCUUGGAAGAGACCAGUAUUUCGAA